UGACAUGUGAUUAUUUAACAUGUGCGAAAAGUUAAACAUAAGAUAAAUAAGAGUUAAUUUACAAGUUAUAUAAAUUAAACAAUAGUGUAUUUCAUUAUGAUAUAUGAAUAUUUAAAUACGACAUAGUUGAUCCAGAAGCAUUUUAUUCUGAAUAUUAGGGUAUAUAUGCUAAAAAAGAUUUUACCAUCUCGAUACUCAUGAAAAGGUUCUUUCCGCAGCUGUCAGGUGUUGUCGCGGUGUGUGAAAGAUCGCUACAUGCCGUCUACUCUCGUCGUAUUCGUGGUCUCGACUCUCGAUGGAUCGAAAUAUCGAUCAGAGUGCGCAUCAGGUGUAAUCUGUCAGAUUUACAAGCUUUUAUGCACGUUCCUAUAUACUUUCUCGGAAUCUCAGUAACAUGCGAUGCAUGCAAUAAUACGCGAGUGAUGUCAAUGUAAUUUCCGUGUCACUUGAUGUACACAUAACAACGUAUGCUAGUCGUAUGCUAAUAUCGACCUCGUCGGACCGCGACAUUGUGAGCCUGUGGGCUCUUUCACCACUCUUUUCUGCGAAUUACAAAACAUCCCAAGCCAUUUUUCUAGCUUUUAGAUCGCAAACAAACGUGCUCUAGCGAUCCGCAAUGGCGGAGACGAAUGGGGCCGCGAAUUUGAAUACAAAAAACGGCAAUUUCAUCUGUGGCGUGGUGGAAGGUUUUUACGGCCGACCAUGGACCACCGAACAACGGAAGGAUCUCUUUCAAAAAUUGAAAAAAUGGGGAAUGGAUUCUUAUUUGUAUGCCCCAAAAGACGAUUAUAAACAUCGUGCUUAUUGGAGGGAUCUAUAUACAGUGGAAGAGGCGGAGCAUCUGACUGGUCUAAUCACAGCAGCUAGGGAAUAUGGAAUAACAUUUUACUACGCAUUAUCUCCAGGAUUGGACAUUACAUAUUCUAGUUCGAAGGAAGUCACUGCUUUGAAGAGAAAAUUGGAGCAAGUCAGUCAGUUUGGCUGUACAGCAUUUGCAUUGUUAUUCGAUGAUAUAGAACCAGAAAUGAGUGAAGCUGAUAAAGAAGUGUUUCAAUCGUUUGCACAUGCUCAAGUUUCUGUCACAAACGAUAUUUUUCAACAUCUCGGUCAACCUCGUUUCCUUUUAUGUCCCACGCAAUAUUGCGCAACACGUGCAAUGCCAAAUGUCGCAUCUUCAGAAUACCUCAACACUCUUGGAAGUAAAUUGGCUCAAGAAAUUGAUAUAAUGUGGACUGGUCCUAAAGUCAUAUCGAGGCUUUUAACUGUAGAAUCUAUCCAAGAAAUCACAGAAGUGCUCAGAAGACCACCAGUUAUUUGGGAUAAUUUACAUGCUAAUGAUUAUGACCAGAAGAGAGUAUUUCUCGGACCAUAUUCUGGCCGUUCUCCUGAUCUUAUACCUAAGCUAAGAGGAGUGUUGACCAAUCCAAAUUGUGAAUAUGGAGCAAAUUUUAUAGCAAUUCAUACGUUGGCUCAAUGGAGCAGAUGCAAUGUCGACGGGAAGAGAGAUCUAAGUUUAAAUGACACUGUAUCAGCGGAUAUUAAAUUAGAAACUGAAACAGAAGAUGGCGUUCUUGGUGAAGAUGUUCCGUCGACGUUAUCGCCAAAUAUGUAUCAUCCUCGACACGCUUUGAAGCAUGCAAUAAGCGAAUGGCUAGUAGAAUUUGACAAGAAGAAGGCAGCUUGGGGAGUAAUAGUCAAACCACAACCGUGUGUCGCGCCUACGAUACCUAUUCCAAUAAUUCCCUCUGUGAACACGUGCAUGAGUCUCACAUCAACGACAACAACCACAGUUUCUGCCACAUCUACGGCUGGAACGAAUUCUCAUCUUCAAGCGUUGGCCGAAGUUUGUUCAACUGUAACAAGUAGCAGUGAUAGUUUCGCGCAACCUCCGUCUGGACCUGUGAUGAACUCGCUAGUAUCAGAUAUAAAGGUGGUCAGCGAGCCUGUUUUGACUACAUUGUCUACUAAUAUGAGUGGUGAACCGCCGUCAACAGGAUUAUCUUCUAUAGAACCUAUGGACUGCAAUACAACUCCAAACAACUCGCCAGCGCACAUAGCGAAAAUUCCAACGGAAGAUGACGCUAUGGUAGAUAAUACUUCUACGUGCAGCGAAGCUUCUGGAAGUAUGCAGGUGGAAAUGGAUGGUACUUCCCCCACGGCCAACGGUACGCAAAUGAUAAUAGAAAACGAUAGUGAAAAUCAUGAGAGUUCUGAUAAUGCGGACACGACAUCUCAAGAACCUGUAGAUAUUGACAAACAACUUACGUACGAAGAUCUGUCGCUAUUGUGUGAUCUAUUCUACUUACCGUUUGAGCACGGUGGUCAAGGAAUUCAACUGUUGCAAGAAUUCAAUUGGUUGAAGAGCAAUGCUCAUGCUGUUAUGAAAAAGUCUAAGGAGGAAGAAGCAGCAUCUGAAUCAGACAUUGAAGAAUGGCAUCUUCGUGCAGCCAAACUAAAUGACAUGUGUAAUGCGGUAAAUAGAUUAUUCCAAAGGCUCACAUAUUGUAACAAUCGCGAAUUGCUGUACGAUCUGUACGCAUACGUAUGGGAUAUGAGGGGAAUAGUAUGCCUCCUCAAUAGUUACGUGAAAUGGCUGGCAUUUGGCAGAUUCCCAUCGACGAUGACAACGUUUACCCAGGGCAGCUAUACAUGGUUCUCAAAUGGUUGGAAAGAAACAUUUAUGAGUGGAGAACAGGAGCCAUGGGUUUUCCGCGGUGGACUUACAGCUGAUUUACAGAGAUUAAUUCCAGUGGACAGUGGUAAUGAUUUAUUUGUUUAUAAAGCACCAGAAGUGCCCAGUAGUAAAAUAUAUACAAUUCGGCCGUAUUUACCGAGUGAUGAAGAAGCGAUUUAUGCGGUGUGUAAUCAAAUCAAUAAUUGUACAACUUCAUCAGCUAUAGCAGACAGAUUUGUUGGAGGGUUUCUAACGUUGAGUCCAGAGUUAUGUAUGGUUGUUGAAGAUGAAAACUGUAUAGUGGGUUAUGCAAUGGCUACAUUAAAUAUAAAAUCGUAUAAUCAGAAGAUGGCUGUUUCCUGGAUACCUGAAUUGCGAAUCAAAUAUCCCUUGGAUAAUAACAUUAACGAAUUGCCACAAAAUGUUCAGGAUGCCAUACAGUAUUUCCAUUCGUUCAUUCCGGAUGUAUCGGAGCAAUUGUGCAGGCAGCAUCCAUCGAAACUUGUAUGUGCUGUAUUGCCAAGUAUAACAGAUCAUUCUGCUUGCAAACGUUUAAUAACUUGUGUUCUUGCGGCUUUAAGAGCAAAUGGUUCUUUUGGAGUACACACAACGAUAUCGUCAACGGAUAAAGAAUCUCACGAAUUUCUACGGCAAACUAGGUUUUGUUGAUUUGAAUCCGGUGCACGAGGAGCAUUCUGGGAUCAAGACCAUGUGUAGAAGUUUCUAACAAAGAAUCAACACACCAGUGAUUUUUGUUAAUAAAGUGUAUUUGUUUGGACCCUCUCUCUCUUCUAAGAAAUCAAUAAUUUCUUAGCUUCUAUAACAUACAGAUUAUUGAUGAAAUUGAGGCUUUAUUUAAACAUUUUUAAAAAGCAAAUAUGCCAAGCAUGCCAAUACGAUAGGUUAAAAAGUAAGUGUACUUCUCUUAGGAGUGUAUGUUACGAUCAGAUACUGGUAAUAUUAUUUGUAAUCCGAUAGAAUCUUUCUCACGAUAUCGAAAUCUCUAUACAUGUUUGAUACAAAUGUAUACAUAUGUACAUAUGGCAUAAUUAAUAUCGAGUCUUAAUAUUGUAGAAAUAUUUCUGCAGUGUCGGAAAAAAAGAACACUAAUAAGCGUACAUUGUGCAAUAAUCAGAUUCGUUUUCAAUAUAAUAUAAACUCGAUUCUUUAUUUUAUUGAGAAUUAUGUUUAUGUAUCACAACAUUAUGACACUAGUAUCUCUUAUCAAUUUACAUUGUAUUGGAAUUCUUUUUAAAUACGAUAUUCAUAUAAAAUUCGAAACAGU